GAGCGGCGCGAAGCGGGAGGGUAUAGACGGGCUGCGACCUGGCCGCUGACCCAGGCGGCGGGUCCGGCGGGAGCGGGCGGGAGCGGGCGGGCGCGGGCGAGGAGCGGAGGCCCCGCACUGACGCUCCUCGCCUCCCGGGCAGCCGUGCCCAGCCCGCAGCCCCCGCCGUCGCCCCAGGCCCACGCCGCGCUGCACGUGCCGCCCGCUCCGUCCGUCCGCCCGUUUGUCCAUCCGCCGAGAUGAGCGAGCUUAACACCAAAACAUCCCCAGCAGCCAACCAGGCACCUGGCCCAGAGGAAAAGGGGGAAGCUGGCAAUGCCAAGAAGGCCGAGGGGGGGGAGGAGGAAGUGGACAUCGACCUGACAGCGCCGGAGACAGAGAAGGCUGCCCUGGCCAUUCAGGGCAAGUUCCGGCGAUUCCAGAAGAGGAAAAAGGACCCCAGCUCCUGAGUGCCAGCCUCGCCCUCCCCACUCCACACUCCGCAGCUCUGGCUUCCAUGCGCCUUGUCUCUGUCCGUCUAUCCUGGGUGGGGACCGUCUGGCCCUCGGGCCGUACGAGGUCCACAAAAUCAUUUAUUUGGUCUGGCCCUGCCAAGGCAUCAGGGGUGAGUUAAUUAAAUGUUUGAUCAAAUAUAGCAGGCUAAUCUUUAAGUUGAUA